CAGUGACCGGAAAAGGCCCCCGACAGACUUCUUGCAUCGCAUACUUGCAUGCUUGCCCAUCAAGUCGACCCUCUACACCGCAUAAACAUCCUCCAUGUCAGAGAUUCGAGCACCGACACGUCAGGCUCUAUCUCGGAUGCUCCAUACUGACUCAAGCACGCACCACCUGCAGAUCAAAACACUAAGCUCUUGAAUACCAGUCCCGACAACGAAAUCUCUCUGCCCUCGCAGAACCCCCACCCUCGAUGCGCACUGAUCUCGCCUUAGAUCCUCAUCGCAAACCGACAAGGAAAGCUCGUCCCGACAAAAUAGACUCUCUCAAAAGCCACAAUGUAGCCACCGGCAAUCUUGCAUCCAUCUCGGUUCAGGAUCGCAUUCGUCAAUGGCAGGCACAAGGUGCUGCCAACGCACUCGACCCCGACACCAUAAGCCUCUGUUCCGCCACUCCAUCCGCGUCUGCCCAUGUCGAGCCCGUAGCCCGCAAUGAGCGCACCGGGCGUAGUGCAACAAGAUCAAGAGAAGACACUGGAUACACUGCGUCAGCGUCAGAGGCGAGGAGUACAAGUGCGCCCCGAAAGAGAAUCGUCAGCGACGACCACUGGAAAGCAAAACAGAAAGCAAAAGUCUCCAGGUUCUCCUCGUCUCGCUCAAAGUUGAAGUCCUAUCCGCGCAAUUGGGAUCCGACCUACGCUUCAAGCAGCAUUGUCAAUGCACGAGACAACAAAGAUACUAUGUCAAAUCCUUAUCUCUCCAGCGUCAUGCCUGGGGAAGUCGACAUCGGCAGCCCGCCAGACCUACACACAUCACUCGAACCCGAUAUUCACCAUCAACACGACGGCCAAUGGUCAAACCAUGACGGCGAAAGUAAUUCAGACCUUGACCUCGCCAGACGGCUAGCGUCUGCCUCGUUUUACUCUGAUGACUUCGACGUGAAAUCAGACACUUCAAUCCAACCUGAAGACUUCAAUGGCACUCCACAAAGGCCUAGCAAGUACGUUGAGACCCUAGCGAAGCUGAGUCCAGCUCCUCAACCAGACCUUCUGCCGCGGCCGAAGAGAGGCACAUUAUUCGGCAAAACAAAGGAAAUCCUUAUCAAGUCUGAAGAACCUCAGGUCAACAACCGGUUACCAAGCAUCGAAGCUUGGCUCGACGAGCAACCAGAUCCGUUCGUUGACUCUCAUAUUCAGGGUGACCUACCACCAGUCGACAUACCGCAGCCUCUUAAAAAACGGCAUGAGCGAAGACGUUCGUCUAAAGACCCCUCCCCGACUGUCGAUCCCAAUAAAAUUUGGGACAGCGUUCAAAAUCCGACUGAUGUCGAGGGCCCAUCCCUUGAUCAGACCAGAUCUCGUCCAAGUAGGCGAAGGACCCCAUCGAGCAGUGGCACCUGCACGCCAAAGCAAACUGACAUUGGCCCAUCUCAUCUUGCCGACGCCAGCCCAUCGCCUUCCAGUUUACGUCGGAGAGGCGCAAGGCUACGGAGAUCGAAAGAGGUCUCCAUGUCUGACGCCGCCCAGCUGUCCAAAAUUUACAAUCAAUUGCCAGAUCUACUGGAAGAGAACAUGAGUCAAGCCAAGCAGCCCCUUGACGACCCAGCCCGCUUACUUUCUCUUACCGAGUAUCACCCUGUGUCGAGUACACCACCAGAGCCCCUUCCAAAUCAAAACGGCAAUUUAGAGGGAUCUAACGGGGGACAAACCGAAACCCUUCCAAAUCAAAACGGCAAUUUAGAGGGAUCUAACGGGGGACAAACCGAAACCCAUCAACUCAAACGCAGACUCACUACACAUGAAGAUCUCAUGUCCGUGCUCUCCAUGCCAACCAAAGGCAGGAGCAUUCGUUCAGCGAGAAGCAUUCGGCAUUCGCACAGAUCAAAAGCGUCACACACUGCACAAGAAGUCCUCGCUAGUCUGCUCGCAGAUGAGGAGAAAUACAGCCGAGAGCUGCGAACUUUGGUUGAUGGCGUAAUCCCGGUCCUUCUUCAGACAAUCCUUUCAAAGACAGAUGCAGCCGCAGCCGCAGGCCUCUUUACUACUUCACAAUCUGCCGAAUCUGAUGGAAGCUUCACCAAACCAAUCAUUGAGAUGGGCAUUGCCCUUGAAAGGCUCAAGUCGUUGCAUGGACGUAUACCGUUUGAAAAUGUCGACAAUCUCUUGAGAUGGGCACAGACAGCACAAAAGGCCUACAACGAUUACUUGCUUGCUUGGCGGCUAGGAUUUCAAGACGUCGUCGUCAAUCUUGCUCCUUGGGGAAAUUCCCCUUCAACGGAGAAUGGCAUGACCCAUGAUGAGACAGGCGAUGUUAUCGAUGUCCAAGGGAAAAAGGUGGAUGUCGCUUAUCUGCUCAAGAGACCCUUGGUAAGAGUCAAAGGUCUGGGGAAAACAUUCGCCAAUAUCCGGGAUGAGUGCCGAACCCCCCUGGCCACGCAAGUGGCGACCACUUAUGCCGAUCUUACUGCGAUGGCCAAAAGACGAUUCCAAGAAGAACAAGCUCGAUUAGAAGAUGAGGCGGCAGCUUAUAUCGACGCAACGAGAGCCAGAGACGUGCGCACGCUUGCCCCUAUCACCGGAGUUGUGGUUAACAAAGAAAGGAGGGUCAAAGCAAGAGAUUUCUUCAACCUUACCAUCUAUCAUAAGAGCGGCCAGAGGUUGGACUGCGGUAUUGAGCUGAUUUAUCGUGACAAUGCACGCGGAAAACCGGAAGGAGGAGACGUUCUGAUCUGCGAGGUCGACAACUGCGGCAAAUGGCUACUUUUCCCUCCAGUCGAUUGGAGCUCAAUCUCUGCUCGUAGAGGUGAAGGAGGCAUCGACCUUGUCAUCAUGAUUCGGGGUCGCGCGGGCCUUGGAGAAGAAUGGCAUGAAUUGCUAGCCCUCAACACUGACGAUCCAGAAGCGGUCACAGAAUGGAUGAAUAUGCUUGGGUCAAGCCCUCUGCCACCAAGGCUCAACCGAACAUCCAGUUUCGUGAAAAAGACUCAAUCCUUAACAACAUCUGCUCUCCAGGCGCAUGAAGCCGUGCAAGUACUCGAGGAAGAGGUGGAUAUUGACAAAUCCAUCGACUUCGACACUCCGCUAGGAGAGCCAUCAGUGAUUGGCAAGCGAACUGAGGUCUCUCGGCGCUCAUUGCCUCCUGAGAGCACUCGCCCAGGAAGAUUAUUGCAAGGACUGAAUCUGGGUGGAGCACUUGCUGUCAAACCCCUCGCAGUUGGUUCAACACAAGUGCUUGGAUCUUCAGUCCUCUCAGGUCGGAGCAACAACGUCCCAACAUCUCAAAUUGGCAGAUCGAGCUCUCCAUCUUCGCCGCGGUCAGUACCCAGGAAACCGGCGCCACAAUCACCCGUCAGAAAUGCACCGUCCUCAACUAUACCUUCUUUCAAGCCAAUCAGCCCAUACUCCGUACCACUCGUCAAGAGCACGAGUGUCGAGGACCAAACUAAACUGAACAAAGUGGAGAUCAGUCCUAAGGAACAGUGGACGCCUUCAACGCCAGGGCGCUCGUCUGAGCCCAAACCUGUUGCUUCCGAAUCCAAAUCAACUAGUGGACCUGAGCAAUUGAAAGUGGAAGCAAGCCAGGAGAUGACACUUCCAAAAGCAGAGCGACCGAGCUACAAUCGGACAUUAUCAUCUACUCCUUCACGAGAGCUUCCAACGGUUGCAAAACUCAGGCCAAAUUCUUCGACUACUAACCUUGUUGGAAACUCUCCUCCCUUGAGUGUGACCCAACCGCCGACAGUCAGCCCUCAGCAAAGCUCCAAGCAGGAACGGGCAGGAAGGCGUGCAUCAAGGCGACAGCCCGAAACGGAAGAAGUGCCUCAGCCUCCUCCGCACAGCUCUGCUCAACAGCACAAGUCCCGCGCCGAUAAUGGACCAAACUGGGAGGUUAUCGGUACCCCAGCUGAUGAUAAAGCCCUGGAUGAGAAGUCCAUCAACAAGCUCGCCCUUGGGCCAAAGGUGGCUCCAAGCACUCCAGACAAACCACCAAGACGUCGAACAUCAUCUCCACUCAAGCAUGAAUAUGCACCCUCUCCAAGUUCUGACAGCUCGUCUAAUUACGACUCGGAUUCUGGGAGCGAAUCCUCUUCGGAAACCUCUGACGACAUGACAUUGGAGCGUGGCGAUGUCCCAACGCCUUUGGUUUCCAUAAAGGGGGUAGACCACCGAUCGUUAAAGCACAGCCGUCCGCCACCUCCAUCGUCCUCCACGGGCACGCGAACAAUAGCUCCGUCAGACUCUGCUUCGCAAGGGCCAUACCGCAAAGCGCCACCUUCAUCGACACUAUCAUCUGGUCAAAGACAUAAAGCAAUUGCUUUGAUCUGUUCGUGGUCUGACCGAGGCGUUUGGGAACAAAUUCACCCGGAUGAAUGCUCCAUUGUGGUAUCUCCAGGUCUGAUUGAAGCCUUCGAAAUGUCUGCUGCCCACUCAGAACCACAAACAAAGGCCGCGAAAGGGAAUUCCGAUGAUUCCCAAUCCAAGAGCUUCUCAAUAGCGCAGCAGCCACUUGUCGCCUUUGAGCUGACGCCAAUUGUGCCUCUCCGCAGGGGCACUGCACUAGAUAUCUCUAUUCGCUCUCCGCCGACCUCAAAUUCCAAAAUCCUCACCACGAAUAAUGUCAUGUUUCGGUCACGAAACCCGGAAGAGUGCGAGGCACUCUACGGCAUGAUAAACUGGGCCCGGUGUAAUAAUCUUACAUACAUCCAGCUACAGAUGGCCCGUCCGAAACGUCAACCUUCCGUCUCCUUCAAUGUCAAGCAGGCCGGCCAUGCAAGGUCUAGGUCGAGUUCUUGGUUCAGUUUCGGCAACGCAAGGAAAAACAGUUACCGCGCAUCAUCAGCCCCAACGAUGGCAUCCAUGGAUCAGUCUGUUGAUAGCUCGGGAACAAUGACCAAUGCAUUCUCGGCGCUCAAAAGAUUCCGUGCCAACUCUGGCUUCAAUUUGAAUCGUUCGUCGGUGGUCCGCAGAAGUGCAGGCAGUGCGGGACCUCGAUCAAUCUAUUCUUCCAGCAGUGGUACCAACUCAGGCUCUGGCUCGAGUACCCCGGUUCCCAGCCAAAUCGGGUUUGUACCUGGAAAAGAUGGUCCGAACGUUCCCUCUACCAGUGCAGCAGCAGCAAAUGGAGGCGGCAUGAUUAAUAUGAUGAAGAUACGAUUAUAUGUGAGGAAAGGUCAACAAUGGGAAAACCUUGGGGCGGCAAGAUUGACGGUCUUGCCCGCGCCAGGCCAACCACAAGAAAGCCGCAAUGUGACUCCUCAUCGGGGCGGAACCGUGGUUGACCCAUCACCUCCAGUCACACCACAGCAUGGAAGAUCCCCUUCGAGCGUAAUGACUGCUGGUCUCCCCGGCCAGAAUCGCGGGCCCAGGUUACCAAGUUCAAGCAAUACUCCGCAUCGAGUGCACGGAAACGGUCGCGAAAAACGGAUUCUCAUUGUCAAGAACAAGCAAAAGGAUACGGUACUCCUUGAUACUGUGCUUGGAGAAAGCUGUUUUGAAAAAAUCAUGCAGACUGGUAUCGCAGUGAAGGUGUGGAUAGAAGACGACACCAUUGCCCAUACUGGAGGAGUGACGCUCGGUAAGGAGAAGGUGUACAUGAUGCAAUUUCCCACUACAAAGGAGGCUGGAUGGGUGUUUGGUCUCUGUGGGACAUAUCGAUACGGAUCUGCUACUACUUGAAUGGUGUACUAUAUCACCAACCUGGCGAGGGUGGUAGUGUCACUGAUUGGGAGGCUUUUUGUUUGCUUAGAUAGCGAUUUGAUCUGGUUGUACUGUUGAGCAAUAGAGUUGAUGACUUGACGGAUAGAAUGGUUCCGAUGUUUUGAAUGAAUGUAU